AUGAGCUCCAAUAAAGAUUCAUCGUCUGCCUUUCUCGCGGGCGAAGCCCCCGGCAACGCUACUGAAAAGACUACUCCUCUCUGCCAAAGCGACGCUUCGCAGGAAUCUUUGCCAGCCUCCAGUUCCGAGGUGCAGACUGAAAGCUCAAUGCUUGAGGCGUGGGUGCAGGCGCCCGUUUCAUCGGAGCCGUGGUCACCUGCCAAAGCCGCCUACUCGCCCCAAAGUUAG